UUAUCUCAGAAUUUGUAGGCUUUAUUCAUAUCUUAGCAUGACUUGUAGAAGUAUAUUUUGUGUGGAAUAUUUUUUUUGCAAGAUGAGUAAACAACAGAGAAAACCAGUCUAGCAAGUGGUUGUAGCUAAGUAGGAAUUGCAAUAAAAUAUGGUGACAUUUUGAGAACUCUUAUUCAAAAUUCCAGACAAUCAUAUCUUCUUUCAAGUUAUUCCAUCUUACUUGGCCAAAACCAGGUGUUAAUGAUUACUUUUGUUUUGACACUGCCUUAGUGUUCCAUAGCUGUCAUGGCAUCUGUGCAGGCUUGACAAUGCACAUGUAAAGUAGAGAAUUUCAGUGUAUAAAAACAGAAAUUGUCUGAAAAAGCAUAAAUAUAUUUUAUCUGAAUGUGGGAUACAAAAUAGGCUAUUCAGGUUUGUCUGAGAAAUGUCUAGGAAUAUUAUAUAUUUAAAAUGUGAGAAGAUUCUUUCCAAAUGUACUUAAAAGUAAUGGAUACAAAUUAUGCUAUUAGUUUCAAAUUAUGUGUCAAAGAGUCUUUUAUUACUACAAGCCCACUGAAAUUCCUUUUUGUAUACUAACCAAUUUCUGCAAUAUUUCCAUGAAUAGCUAUGGUUUGCAGAGAUUGUUGCCUUUCUUGCAUUAUUAAAUUGUUUCAUUAUCUUGCUUUGUAAUUUUUAAUAUUUUAUGUUUUAUCUUUUCUGUUGGUCUUGGAAAACAAACAAUAUUAACCCUCUCAGUUUAAGCUGUCAAAUCCAAUGAGAAAAAUCAAGAAGAUGAAAUGGUCAGUCAAGUUCUUAUUGCUGAAGAAGGGCAAUCUGUUAAUCUCACCUGCAAGUUUAUGCAUAGGAUUGAAGGUUUAUUUCUAAAACGAACCUUUGGAAACGUCAAAGUGCUUUAUGUUACCCAACAUGGCAAAAUCAAGACAGAAGAUCCUGCAUAUGAAAACCGCACUGAGUAUUUUGAGAUGAACAACAUGGCCACAAUCACACUGAAGCACCUGAAAGAGAAUGACAGUGAUGUAUACCUGUGUACGGCAGGCAUGUUCAUAAACAAUGAACUUGUGCAGAAGAAUAGCUCUCCUAUUCUUUUGGCAGUAGAAGCAGCUGCAAAGAAGAAUUUUGAAUCUUCCUGGAUGUUGUAUAGUAUUAUCUCUGUGUUAAUACUCUUUAUUUUUAUGCUGGGAUUUUAUAUCAUCUAUCGUACCAAUAACAAGAAAGGCUUCCAAAAAGGACAUGCAAGGACAAAGCAAAAUUUUAUCUAUGAAGACAUGAAUUAUAGCCUGAGGC